AGCGCAGCACCCAAUCAUGUCAAUCGAGUCUGUGCUACGAGACGAGUUUCCACAACAUCAGGGAGCGCUGCGCAGCAGUCACCCCGCAGUCACGGAGACGAGACGCAUCCGCAGCAUUUGCGUAGGCUGCUAACGAUACAAAAUCAACCAUGAGGAAGCAGGUUACCUUCUUGGAGGAGAGAAACAGAGAGCGUAACCAACUUGGAAACAGUAGGUUCAUGGCGACAAGGUCUGCGGGUUCUCCACACGCAUCCAGGAUCCAUUUGAACGUUGAUGAAAGCAAUGAUCAAAAUAACAGGAUUCGCAAAACUUUGCAGUAUAAACCACUGCCACGACAAACAGCAGAAAUCCAGCAUAUGAAAACAAUUCACAUUCCCAAGUCAAUGAUGAUGGCACCUUUCUUACAGCACCCCAGUCUGACUACAGGGCAGAAGCGGUACCUGUGCAGCAUCGCUAGUGUGUACAGCACAGAACACCUGCGCAGACAGAUGCGCCAACACUACAUCAGCAUCCUCAGGAGCUGCGCCGCAACAGCUGCAGGCCCCAGAUCAGCAGGGAGACUCAGAGGGUCAUCAGUGGACACUCACCUCAGAGGUCACCUCAGAGGUCACCCGUCUGCUGUAGACGGCGGCGAAGGGCCUCCUCUCAUCAGGACCAACACCACCCAAGAGCGGCACAAUAACACGGCACACCCUGGCAAACUAGUCCUGCCCCAAAUUACCAGCCAGAACAGUAAAAGCCACAGAAAAGUGAAAGCCAGUAAUUUCCCAGCACAGCGUGCAUCAUCCAAAGGAACAAAGAGAUGCACUCCUUACCAGCAAGAAGACCUGGAGGAAAACCUGAGUUCCCUCUCUCUGGAGGAGGAAAUGGAUAUCGUGCUGAACUGAGUAACUUAACAACUGUCUCGUCACUUCGUCCUCAGACUUCUUCCCAUGACACCAGAGCAUUUUAUCACAAGUUCACCUUUUAACUCAGUAAUGUAAACAUCAAACAUAAUUAUCUAAGCAUGUCCUGUCUUUUAUGUUGACUGAAUAUUUGUGGAAUGAAUGUACAUUGUUUUAUGGAUUUUGAUUGCUGAAUCAGAUUAAACAUUGAAU